AUGGAAACCUCCAGCGAGCUCUCCUCUUCUACCCCAAAUAAGAAAUCAAGCCUCGCGGAUACAAACACUCCUGGAACUUCCUCAGUUGACUCGAGUAUCCUCCGCUUCCCAGCACCUGCUACAGACGAACGGGUAAGUACGUGGGUUGAGAGUACUGCGGCCACCAGAAUGUCAGCACACAGCGAGGACGGCAGUACCCUCGGGGAUUCUUCCUACGACUUCGUGGAAGAGAUUGAUACCGAUCGAGAAGAUAAUGCGACCGAGUCCGUUGCUUCCACAGACUUUGGGCGUCCAGAUGAUGUUGCCAGCCUUGCAGACACAGAACAGAGUGGGGACGAAAGCGAUGAGGAGGAACAAGAACAAACUCCAGCACAGCCUUUCCCUGAUUUCGAGCAUACAGUACAACAGGCUUUCGAUACUCCUACCCUUGGCAGAAGCUCUACGGUUAUAAUCGAAGAUGAGGAACGUCGGCUUUCUCAGUCCAUCGAAUUCGAGGAACCUCUCAGCCUCGGAGCAGGGAACGUUUCGGUCAAACAUACGGUUAUGGAGUUUACUGAAGAGGAAACAGCACGACUUAAUGAGAGCGGGGAUUAUCAGGGCUCACCGAAACGUUUGAUUGUUACCAUACGCCAGACUAUGACUAAACAGUGCCUGUCUACCAAAGAACCGUUACGUAUACUUUACGUUGGCAGCCAUUCCGCCAAACAAGACAUCAUCCAUAAGAUUGCUAGCACUGUCACAGCUUCUGCCGGAAGUGACAAAAGAUCAAGACAAUCCCGCCAGUGGAGUUCUCAACUGUAUAAUGUCGUCCCUGUCUCCGACUUUGGCUCCGAACGAACACCAGAGAUUGAGCUUAUGCACUCUUCUGCGUACCAGAUCAAGGUUGAAGAUUGUCUGCACGUACGCAGAUUUGCAAAGGAAGCUUCUCCAAAGCAGCCGGAUAUUCUGAAGUUGACAACCGAAGAUGGAUCAUACCACUCCGUUUCAGAUGGCAACGGCUUUAUUGUAGAGCCUCACUGGGACCUUCCACACAUUGCAGUUUUCUACUAUUCCGACAACGAUGACAACGAAGCUAUUGAAACUCGAAAGAACGCUACGGAGUUUGUGGAACGACAUGCCAUUCCUGCCAUUCUCAUUUCACACACAGCUCUAUUUGGUCGAGAUGGAUUUGUGGAGCUGGGUCAGCAUUCAGUCCAUAUGUGCCUUGAAUCUCGAGAUACCAACGGUCGAAUGAAUAUUAUCCACCAGAGGCUACCAAUUGAUCUUGCCUCAUUUCUGAACAUCGACGCAAGGCAGAUGAACAGACACCUCGCAUUUCUUACGGGGUUGUUCGAUGCUCCUGAGGAACUUCGAGAGGCUCAGCUAGGCACAUACAAGAAAGCUGAGAAUUCACCUAUUCGUGAUGCAAACGAGAAGUCACAUUCUAGUAUUAAAGACAGUGCGAGAGCUCUUCGUAACAACGUUGCCGCGAACUGGGGAAGCCUUCUUCCCGCUGGCCUUCUCAUUAUCAGUGUCCUAUCGACGAUUUUGACCAGUCUUCCAGGCUUCUUGUCCUCAAGUCAACCUACUAUUUCUAUCAACAGUGUCAUAGUGUCGGACAUUCCAAUGGUGUGCACCUCCACAUCUGUUUCAUCGGUGCUAGCACCUAGUGUCACACCUCCAAGCUCUGUAGCGGUGUCAACGUCCACACGCACAGUCACAGUUACACACGCACAUUCCGCAGGUCCAAACAGCCUUUCUGUCGUCCCAUCAAUGGAAAUUGGAAAGGCGGCACCAAAAUUCAACGCGACACCCAAGAGCAACAAAUCAGUCUGUUCGGCAGAGCUACUUGGUGACAGAGAGGUUCUGAUCAGAAUUCCUUCUUCUACCAAACUGAGCUGGCUCACAAAGGAAGCCAUAUCUGUCAACAUAUCUCGCGGGAGUGACAGCAUCGACACAGAGCGAGUCUACAGCUCCGAUGAAGGCAUUGUCCUCUCUCUUCCCAAGAAAGAGGCCUUUGGCGUUCUGAAAAUUGCUGUCAUUACCACAAGAAAGCCAAGAGUCAAUGAGACAUUCGAGAUUGAUUUCGGCACUUCCGCUUUCCAGGCAUGGCAAUCUGUGAUGGACAGAAUGUCCUCAAUAUUUUCAGAUGACUUGUCAUUUUCUGAGAUUCGUGCCGCUACUGACAGGGCAGUCAAGAAUGCCCAGGCUCAUACACAGGCUACCUUACAGCAUGUUGAAGAAGCUCGGAAGAUUGCCAAGGAACAAACGGAAGCUGCCACGGGAGGUUUGGCGGAGUUGGCAAAAUCCAUGUCUUUUGAAGCUGCCAAACGUAGCGCCAUUCUUUCCAAAGAGGUCGGCAUUCAAAUCGCAGAGGUCGAGGCCAAACUUUCAGAAAAGAUGAAGGAAUUGGCGAAGCUACAAGAGCCUGUCAAUGAUGGCAUUCUCAAGGCUCAAGUUCGAUCGAAGCUUCUUUGGUUGAAGAUGCAGGGCAAAACGGAAGAGCAUAGUCAGUACGAGAAGAAAUCAACGGAGGCAAUCCGUGCAAAGCAACAGGCUGAGCAGAAGAAACGUGGUGUCCGAGGUGCAACAGAUAAGAAAGCAUUAAAGGAGAAGCGAAAGCUCGAUAGAGAGGCUAAGAGAGCGGCAAAGAAGGACGCUGGAGCGGCGAAGAAAUCUAGCAGGCGUAAGAGCACUGCUAAAUUUGGGUUUUAG